UUGUAUUUACAAGUAGAAUUUGUUGUGUUCAUCUUCAGUGAAAAUUGUCUGUAUUUAAAAUAAAAAUGAGUUCUGGUGUGACAAAGUUACAAAUUUUAUCUCUAUACAAAACACUGAUGCGGGAAUCGCAGAAGUUUCCGAACUACAACUUCAGAUCAUAUGCACUGAGACGUGUGAGAGAUGCAUUUAAAGAUGCCAAGAAUAUAUCGGAUCCAAAACUAGUGAAUAAAGAAUUUGUUUAUGCUAAAGAAAGUUUAGAUGUAAUUAAACGACAGGUAAUUGUAGGAAAUAUGUACAGAACAGAAAAGUUGGUUAUAGAGAAUUUACGAUAAAAACACUGGAAUCGUUUGGAGGAUAAAAAAACAUCACUGGCAGCCCGCUUAUAGUACACCGAUACGAUAUGACGUCAUAACUAUCGGUAGCAUCAAGAAAAAAUAAAAAAAAUGUGAUCAUAUCGAUAUUAAAUAGUAGAUUAAUAUAUUAAAAUUACAAUAUAAAGUUUUAUUGCAAGAAAAAACAGCAAUUAAAUUAAGGAAAAUUUUAAAUAUUCCAAAAAAGAGCGCAAAAUAUAAAUUUCUUUUUUCCCGUCUCAGGGAAAGCCGAAAGGAGCAAAUUUAAUUUAUGACAGUUAAUAUCCGCCAUUUUGUUUUAGACUGUCAU